GCCGCCCAGGGUACUCGUCCGCAGACGAAGCGCCGGCGCGAGCUCAUGCCACGACCGACGGGUUUCGCCGCCGGGCUCUUCAUCCUGGGCCUCGGGGUCUUGGCGUCUGUCGCGGCCGGAGCCCUUCCGGAAGACCAAGUCCAGGAGUUCCUCAAGAGUUACGAAAAUGACAAACGCCCCGUGUGUCAGACAGAGGCAUCCCAGUUGCAUCGACGAAGGAGAAUCGUCGGAGGGAGGAGCGCUGAACCGGAUGACUUUGGUUACAUGGUGAGCUUGCGAAAGUUUCUGACUGGGUAUGCUUCCCCUUUCCCCUUUUGCGGAGGCGUCAUGAUCACCGACGUCCAUGUCCUGACAGCUGCACACUGCCUGAAUGACAAGACCGAGUCCAUGCUGUCGGCGAACGUGGCUGACUACAACUUCUCGUCGACGUCCGACCGCCAGAACGUGAUUCGAGACGUGUCGAAGUUGUUGCAGCACGAGCAGUACGACAAGCCCUCGUACAAAAACGACGUGGCCCUGGUGACGCUGAGCGAGCCAAUCAAAAUGCAAGGAACACCGUUCCUGGCUGCCAUCUUACCUCCCGUUAACUCCGACGUCACACCAGGAACCACAGCUACCGUGGCCGGAUGGGGAAGGCUCAAAUACGGAGGGGCAAAGCCAGAUACGCUGCGACAGGUUGAUCUUCCUGUGGUGAAUAGAACUGAGUGUCAAAAACCUUUGACGCAUGUUGUUUAUGACGUCAUGAUCUGUGCCGGCGGCGUCGAAGGCCAGGAUGCGUGCAUUGGCGACUCCGGAGGUCCUCUUCUAGUGCAAGCGGGCAACUACAAGGUGGUUGCUGGAGUCGUGUCUUUCGGCAAGAGCUGCGCUCUCAAAGACGUCUACGGAAUCUACACGCGCAUGGGUUUCUACGGACCCUGGGUGUACAGUAACACGCUCAAUGCAGGGUGCAAGCCAGCCUUCAACACCGACGAGGACUACCCAGACGCGGUCAGUGAAACGACCGGUCAGCCCAAGCAGCCAGAAGACAUCUCCGAUAACAACAUUUAGGGGCGUUAAACAAGCGCUUUAAGACCAGGAAGAGGAUACCUUUACCGGUGUCAGCACGACGGACGGGCCACGUGUUAAUAGUUCGGAGAACUGUUUUCAUCUUAAGUAUGUUUGUAAAUAUCUAAUCUCAUUAAACGAAGGUGAAAAAAAGAACCAGUUCGCAGUCGUGUGAACUGCCAUAGCCUGCUCUAUACUGACAAAGCGUGGCAGAUCGUCACGUGACGCGGCCGGCGAAAGUGAAAGGUAGUGCAGUGGACAAGAGUCAUGUAACGGGCACCCCGCUGCGGCGAGACGUCGAAACACGCUUGUCCCGAGCGAUGGAAUGUUCGCUCGUGCUACUGGCGCUCCUCAUUAUACCGCUACUUUUCUCGUCGAGUUUGAGAAUCAUGUUUCGGGUUCUCGCCGCUGCAAAAGCUGUGCGCUGAAUACCAGACUCCCCGAGAAAUUCUCUGUGCUACCAGG